AAGAAAUGGGAUAUAUUUCGAGAAGACGGAGAAGAAGAAAUUUCCACCUCCUCAGAAUCAAAAAUAUGGAAGAAAGUUAACCUCGUCGUCAAAAUUUUAGCUAGUUUGUUUUUGUUUACAACCAUUCUUGGAACAGCUAUCAUAUCUAAACUCAGUUUCCUUUUUAUGACUUACCACAUAAACCCUAUUCAAAAAGCUUUUAUCAUCGGAGACAACCCAAAUAUCACCGACCAAUACCUCAUCAUUAAAACAAACGACAGGCCAUUAGAUGUCAAGUGGCUAUGGAGCUUAUUUUUAUCAAUGUGCUUACCCUAUGCUUUCAUUUUUGUGGGAAACGUUUGGGUCAAUUGUUUUAAGACAACGAGAUCGAUAACUUUGCUUCCAUUUAUAACCGUUUUUGUUACAGAAAGUCUUCAUUCUGUUGGCCUAUGUUUAUUGGUAUUUUAUGUUAUUCCAAGUUUUGAUCCUCUGAUAGGAUGCUUGAUGGUAAUGAGUGUAGGAUCUGUUCCAGGAAUUGUUCGGAUAUUCGAAGAUAAAGCUAGCCACCCGAAUGUUACAGCUCAUACAGUUUUUGACUCUAAAGAUCGGAAAAGUCCUUGGCUACCAAAUAUCGUCAAGCGAAUUUUGGAUUUUCUUGUGCUUGCGGUUCAUAUCGUCGUGAUCGUACUGUGGAUUAUCAGGGCCCAUUAUGAACUGCAAUCAAUUGCUUUGACGUCUCUAAUCCCAAUUUCUCUUUUUCUGUGCUCCCUCAAUAAUUGGGAUAACUUCGUUAAAGGUGACUCUUUCUUGGUAGAUCUUAAAACUCAAAUUCGAAAUCAGAGGGUAAAGCUUUAUUUGGUCAUUUCUUUGUGGAAAAUCCUUAUAAGCUUUGUUUUUUUGUUAGUGCUCUUUGGAGUAGGAAGCGAUCAGUGCAUUAGAACGCUGCUAUCACUUGACUCUACUGCUAGUAACUGCUCUAUAUUUGGAGAGCUAAAUCUUGUGGACUUAAGUCCUUUACACCAAACAGACUGUCAUUACUUUUUUCCAUUCUUGGUGGCUUUAGUGAACAUCGUAAGUAGCGUCUUCUGUUAUAAACUGUCCAAAGCCGCUUGUAAGAUCCUGGUUCAGGUGGCUUGCUUUACCAUACCAUUAUCUCUAGCAGUACCUGUCACAUUCGCCUUGCUCAUUCUUUCCUAUUCCUCGAGCAACGCUAACCUAGAGUUUCUUCGAUGUACCAUUCAAUGGGUGCCAAUAAUUUCUUCGGAUGGUUUAUCACCCUACCUCAAUGGAUUGCUACAACAGUACUGGUUUGUUAUUGGAUUUGCUGGGUAUCUGUCAUUCCUGUAUAUUGUUGGACAUAAUUGGCAUCCGAGAACACGAAGGCUUUUGGCAACUGACAAAUUGUUUACGAGAAGCCUUUACUGUGGUAUAUUACUUGAACAAUCUAUGAUGCUGACAAGAACCAGAGAUGAACAAGUUGAAGAUCCUUGGGAGAAAAAAGUAGAUUUCGAUUUGAUGGAUACCAGUAAAAUACGAACUGAUUCUACACCAUUUAUCUAUAUAUGUGCUACAAUGUGGCAUGAAACGGAAAAUGAGAUGAUUCAAGUACUCCGAUCCUUAUUUAGACUUGAUGAAGAUCAAAGUGCCAGAAGAAAGGCAGUAAAAGCGUUUGAGAUAGACGUUGAAUACUAUGAGUUUGAAGCACAUAUUUUCUUCGAUGAUGCAUUUGAGUUUCAUGAAGAGGAAAAUUUUGAUUAUGAUGUCAAUGAUUUUGUUAAGAUGCUGACCAGAGUUAUAGGAGUAGCUGCCAACACACAGCAUCGUACCUCAAUGAACAUACCACCACCUACAAAGAUACCAACACCCUAUGGAGGUCGCCUUCUAUGGACAAUGCCUGGUGGUAAUACGUUAACAGCCCACUUGAAGGAUAAAACAAAGAUAAGACAUCGAAAAAGAUGGAGUCAGGUGAUGUACCUGUACUACUUCCUAUCCAACCAACUGAUGUCACUACCAAUCAGCUUAGACAGAAAGAAAACCAGAGCUGAAAAUACAUUCCUCCUCGCCUUGGACGGUGAUGUUGACUUCCAACCAGAGGCAUUACGAAUGUUAGUUGACAGGAUGAAGAAAAAUCCUAAAGUUGGUGCUGCUUGUGGAAGAAUUCAUCCUAUUGGAUCUGGUCCUAUGGUUUGGUAUCAAAAGUUUGAGUAUGCUGUUAGUCACUGGUUACAGAAGGCCACUGAACACAUCAUAGGUUGUGUACUAUGCAGUCCUGGCUGCUUUAGUCUCUUUAGAAGUUCGGCUCUUAUGGACGAUAAUGUGAUGAAGAAGUACACGACUCCGCCAACAGAACCUCGACAUUACGUUCAGUAUGACCAAGGGGAAGACCGAUGGCUGUGUACGCUGUUGUUACAACAAGGUUAUCGGGUGGAAUAUUGUGCUGCCUCAGACUCCUACACAUUUGCCCCAGAAGGCUUUUACGAGUUCUUUAAUCAGAGGCGACGAUGGACACCAUCGACCAUGGCAAACAUCCUUGAUCUGUUGAACAACUGGAAGAGUGUUACCAGAAAGAAUGAGGACAUAUCUUGUUUGUAUAUCAUGUACCAAAUGGGACUGAUGGCAUCUUCCAUUGUAACGCCUGGCACUAUUUUCCUCCUGAUAGUCGGUGCCAUAACAACAGCAUUUCCAGAACUUCCAUUAUUUGGUUCCCUCAUUUUGAAUAUCAUCCCAGUUGGAAUUUUCAUAAUUAUGUGCUUCACUACCAAAACAUCUACUCAGUUAGCGUAUGCCGCAGUGUUGUCAGUUAUUUAUAGUUUGGUCAUGAUGCUAGUAGUAGUAGGUCUGAUAAAACAAGCAGCAGACAAUGGCUUUUGCUCAGUUAGCACCAUCUUCCUUGUAGCAGUGUGUGGAUUGUUCUUCAUCACCUCCUUAUUACAUCCACAAGAGUUCACCUGCAUUCUCCAUGGAUUCCUCUAUUUCCUGUCAAUUCCUUCGAUGUCCAUGCUUCUCAUGAUCUACUCCCUUGGAAAUCUUCAUGUUGUAUCAUGGGGAACUCGCGAAUCUCCCAAACCAGUGACAUCAGAAACCGGUCAACAGAUAAAAAAGAAAUUCUCAAAUCCAUUGGUGCGGAUUUGGAAUAAUUUUUCUGGAAGUUCAGAUGCGCAGGGCAUGUCUUCGCUUGGAGGUCUGUUCAACUGCACAUGUUGCUCAACAACAGAGAUACAUCAAAAUGAUGAAAAGAUUAACCAAGUAAUGGAUCGUCUCGAUGCAAUGGAAGAAAACAAAAAACAUCAAGAUUCUGUGAAAUUGAGAACUAGUAGGAAGGCUAGGAAAGAAUCUGAAGACAGGGAAUCUGGGAAAUUCAGGAUUUCUUGGGCACCAGGUAGGCAAUACUAUCAAGUGGAAGGCUAUGUAGUAUCAGUAACCAGCACUGAGUCGAAUAAUUUAUUAUGGCUGACUGACGAAGACAUUGGAAACGGCAAUGUCGAAUUGUUAGAUCCAAGCGAGAUCAAUUUCUGGAAAGAAUUGAUUGACACCUAUUUGUUCCCUCUGGAGAAGGACGCAGAUCACGAGAAGAAAAUGCAAGGCGAUCUUUUGGAGCUUAGAAACAAAACUUGUCUCUUCUUUUUCCUCAUUAACGGGUUGUUUGUGGUACUGGUAUUCACAUUAGCAAUGGUUGCUGAAACAACCACAAGUCUUACCUACAAGAUUCCUUGCGACAGUGAAAGUUUUAAAGGAGAAGCUAUCGAGCCAUUAUCUGUUGCAUUUACUUUAGUAUUCGGAGUUUUGCUUCUUAUUCAAUUUUUUGCGAUGAUGUUUCAUAGAAUCUCAACAUUUUUGCAUAUCGCCGCAAUAACUCGAUUCCGAAUUAGUCGAGCCAGCAGGGAAGAACUGGAUACAAAGAAAAUGACAAUCGAAGAAGCGGUGAAUUUAGUGAAAGAGCUACAGCGC